GGUAAGGUAUGGUAAGGUCGGCGCCCUGGCGCCGCGACCAUACCCCCCCACCCGCACAGGACCAUACCUCUGGCCAGCAGGACCAUACCCCCCCACCCCCCACCCCACCACACGAGCGCGUACAGUAACCGUCGUGUUAGGCCGUCCGGUCGUGCGGCACGUGUUCGCGCGAUGCAGUCUGCGCGAGGUGACCCGCCGGCAAUCGUGCUCACCCCUCAGAGCAUGUCCGCAAAGGCCGCCAGGGCCUUGCGUGCCGGCGCAGGCGCGGGCGCAGGCGCGGGCGCGGCCGGUGCGAGCGCGGGCGCGGGCGCGGGCGCGGUCUCCGCCGGCGCCGCCUCCGCCAUGGUCACCUCGGGCGCGGGCGCGGGCGCGGUCUCCGCCGGCGCCGCCUCCGCCAUGGUCACCUCCGCUGGAACGGCCUCCGCCUCCGCCGCCUCCGCUGGCGCCACCUCCGCCUCCGCCAUGGUCACCUCCGGCGUCUCCGCCGCCUCCGCCUCCACCUCCACCGCCUCCGCCGCCGUCGCCUCCGCCGCCGGCGGCGGCGGCGCGGCCACCGUGGGCGCGCGCGCGCGCGCCAUCUCGAAGGGGUUGCGCGGCUGGCCCGAGUUGGGGGGGCUCUUGUAGUACAUGCCCCACUCGUUGAAGACGUUGUGGUCCGUGUCCGCGUCCGAGAUGACGCCCUUCGGGCAGCCGUCCUCGGGCUCGUCAAUGAGCUCGCGCUUCUCGUCGAGCAACUUGAAAGGACCAUCGUGGCGACAGUUUUGAGCGCCUUCAGCUUGCUGAGAUCGUGGUCGUCGCCACGGAAAGCGUCGCUUGUCGGAAGCCUCCCGUCCAUCAUGCGGACGGCAUGCGGUGCAAUCGCAGCGUCGAGCUGUGCGACGCACGACGCAAGCGUACCAGCGCAGCAGCUGCGCACAGUGGCGCGCUCGGCGUCGUCGGCAGCUGUCCAGGAGCUGAAGUUGAGGCGGCGUCGCGGCGAGAAGGCCCGCGACAUUGGAAUCCCGGCACGCCGAACAAGCCGAAGGGAAUAUUGUCGCAGGAUGUCGCAAUGAUUCUCAAACGGCAGGUGGAGAAGGGCGACACGUGGGGCGGCCACCGCGGGCCCGCAAUCUCGGAGGAGAUCAAGGCCGCUUGCAUGUCUGCGAUGGCGGCAGUGGUCAAGACAAAGGCUGCUGCUUUCAGUGCUACUGUCUGA